UCUCUGAUUCCUUAAACUUUGUGAAACAGCUUAAAUGAGUUGUCCAAGCUCCCUUAUAUUCGGAAAUCUUUCAUGUUUGUCUCUCUGGGAGCUCGGGGAUUGUCCUGUCUGCAGCCUGGAGAACGGGGGGUUGCUCUCACUCUGCACUGGCUGCUCACACUACAAAUUUACCUCCCCCCAUGAAGCUGACCCACAUCACAAGUCCAAAAUGAGGAUUGCCCUGGGGGAAGGAAAUGGGGGUAGCAAGCAGGAGAGUUCACCCUCAGCACUGCCCAGAAAUGAGGCUUGUAUUGAAUUUCUCAUUUGCCUUGCUCCAUGCCCGCCCAAAUCCCACCAGCCUCCUCCUGAAUCACAGCGGGCCUCCCCACCUCUUUUCCCACAGAUGCCUCCACGCUAAGCAGAGGAGCUCGAAGCUCCUGCUGGGUGUGCUGGUCCUGGAGCCUCUGCACCUCACAGAUGAAGCCACUGGAAGGGACCUCGCUGGGACAGGGGGAGGAGGAGGCGCAGGGACCGGCCCAGGGGCGGCGGCGGCGGCAGCGGCAGAGGACGGGCUGCAGACCCAGCCCCUCACCCCGGAGGGAGCAGCAGGCAGAGCAGUCCGGGCUCCUCACAUCUCCGGAUGAAGGCAGGAUGAGCAGUCCCCAGGGACACCCAGGUGGGGUUUUGGCCAGGAGCGAGCAGAGCGUGGAGCAGGUCAGCCAGGAGCCAGGCAGGGCUGUGCAGGAGCUGGAUGUGCACCCUGGGGACAGUGACAGGACUAAAGAAGAUGCAGAAGCCCUGGAGGAGCCGCUGCUGAGUCUCCCCAGUGAGCUCUCAGUGCUGGACAGACUUGGCUUGCACAGGGUGGCUUUGACAGAGCAGGACCUGGAGGCAGCCUUUGCCCACCUCGCCCUGGCUUUUCGCUGCGACACCUUCACCCUGCAGCAGCGGGUGCAGGUGGAGAAACGGGCACGGGAUGCAGCAGAGGAAAACAUCCAGGAGGAGCUGGGGCAGUGCCGAGCUGCCCUGGAGAGGCUGGGCCGGUCCUGUGCCAAUGCAGACUGCAAGGAGAUGCUGGAGCAGCUGCAGCACAACCUGGCCGUGCUGUCAGCUGCUGUUGAGCGGGCAACCCGUGCUGCAGAGAAGCUGGGGGCUGUACACCAGGAGGCCCGGAUGAGCCGAGCAGCAGAGGUGAUGGUGCAGCACGUGGAGAACUUGAAGCGGCACCACCUGCGGGAGCACGCGGAGCUGGAGGAGAUGAAGCGCCUGAUCCAGCAGAACUCCCGCAACCGGCAGCUGGCGGAGACCCAGGAUGAUGUGGAGCCACGGCUGAGACCUCACCCCUUGAAGAGAACUUUCCAGCAGGGGUCAGCCCGCCGCAGAGUCAGCAUCGCCGUCAUCCCCAAGCAGCUCCUGCCAGGUGCCAGCCCUGAGAGCCGAGCAGCCCCAGCAGGUGACCCGGAGCCAGAGGGGGCCCAGCGCUGGCCCAGCAGCCACAGGAGUGAACUGGAGCCACAGGACAGCGCUGUGACUGGGAAGCUGGUGGCAGAGGCAGAUGGCAGAGGCUCAAGCACAGGGAACGAGGAGCCGGAGCAGCUCGGGCUGACGUCCAAGGGGUCAGCAGCGGAGCUGUGGCGUCCGUGGCUCUUCUUCCCACAGCACUACUGGGUUUUCUUCUGGCUGCUUCUCCUGAGCAUCGCCUUCCUCCUCCUCAUCCGUGUCCUGGAGCUGCAGAGGCUGCAGUCUGCAGCAUCAUCCAAGGCCUAGCUGGACAGGGGAGGGGGAGCUGAGAGGCAUCUCUGCUCCUUCCCCACAUCCUGAAACACCAAAACCCUAGAACAAUAAAAUGGGAGGAAAAAUG